CCGUUUUUAAAAAUACCAAGAACCUGUUGGCUCUUUAGAAAACUAUUUAAGAACAACGUUACGGAGGUAAACAUCCCUUUCCAGUUUUACAUACUUUUUUUGUCUUGAAUAGACUGACUUUUUGCUUAUUAUGAUGGAGAAUUCGAAUCGUUCUGCCCUUUCUGUUUGUCGUGCUUUCGCUUCCCAGAAUCACAUGAGUAAGUACAGAGGAUGGGGAUCUUUGAAUGGCACUGAGCAAUGGACAAUGCUUAAAUCAAUGCAAGAGGAAGUAGUGGAAAUCGAUCCAAAGAGGAGGAUAACGAAGGAGAAUACGAAGGCAAAGCAGAAACAGAAUAUACCAAGAAAAAAAAUGGAGAAGCAAGCGGGAAGACUUCAAAAGAUAUCUAAAGUUGUUGCUGGUGAUGACGCAAAGAAGUGUAAACGAUGCACAGAGGCAGGCGUUUAUAAUGAGGAAUGA